UUACGAGUUUUGGCAACAUUGGUUCCGUGCUGAUCGGUGUUGUGGGAUUUUUUCCCGGUGAGUGAGCAUUUGGUAACUUUUAAAGAGGUAAAAAAAGAUGGCAACUCCUAUGCCAGAUCGCCAGUUUUUGUGGAAUAUAUUUCAGGGUGUUGACAAAGAUAGGAGUGGUUUUAUAACAGCAACUGAGCUUCAGUCUGCACUUUCUAAUGGAACCUGGCGGCCUUUCAAUCCUGAAACUGUGAGACUCAUGAUUGGAAUGUUUGAUCAGGAUGGCAAUGGAACAGUUAAUUUUGAUGAGUUCUGUGCUCUGUGGAAAUAUGUUACAGAUUGGUUAAAUUGCUUUAAAAGCUUUGAUAAAGAUGGUUCUGGAACAAUUGACAAGAAUGAGCUCAAAACGGCAUUUUCUUCUUUUGGUUUUCGACUUUCUGAUGUAUUUUAUGACCUGUUAAUAAAAAAGUUCGAUAGGAAUAAUACAAAUUCCAUCACAUUUGAUGAUUACAUUCAAGCUUGUGUGAUGUUACAGUCUUUAACAGCUGCGUUUAGAGCUCGUGAUACACAACAGACUGGAGUUAUUCAAAUUUCUUAUGAAGACUUUUUGAUUAUGGUUGUGAGAACUAUGUUCCAGUAACCCUAGAUAAGAAUGAAAGUAUUCUUAUUUUGUUGACUGAAGUCUCAGAUGUUUUUGAAGGAAGCCUUGAUCCUUUUUGUCCAAAUUUAUCUGCGGUUCAGUGAUGCCUUGCAUUGUCAGUAUAAGAAUAAACUUUUAUUUGAUAUGGUAUUAGGAGAAAGCUGAAAAACAGAUAUCUUUACUUUGUAUAUUAUCUCAUGCUGACGUUUGUUUUUUUUACUUAAUUUUAAAUCCUGUAACUUUAUGCACUUGUGAUCUACACAUGUAAAAUGAUUAUUAGAUGCUUUAUAGAAUUGUAUGUUAUGUAUAGCAUUAUGUUAUAUUUCUUAUAUAAAACCAUAAUAAAUCCAAAAAUAUGUUAACCGAAUUCAAAGAAAAUGUUUACAUAUGUCAUACAUGCGAAAUCAUAUUUUUGGGAAUGAGAUAUACUUAUAGCAUAAUUUUGGAAUUUUUUUGACAAUCAUCAUAUAGGGCAUCUUAAGCUGAAUAUUUUUGUGCAAAUAUAUAGGAUCUAAAGACUUACAAUUAUAUGAAGAUUUACAGGCAAAUGUAUCAAUGGUACUAGCAAAAGGAAUUAUUGUAUAAAUGAGUAAUAUUUCAACGUAAAUUUUCCAGUAUACAUUCUCGUUUUUUUUUUAACUUUACUUCCCUUCCAUUUUUUUGGCAAUUUCUUAUGAUAUUGUAAACUUUGAAUGAAAAUUUUAGCAUGAAUGAGCAUAAUAGUUUUAAAGCACACAUAAAAAAUUUCACAGUGUUAGCUGUCAAAUGAGAAAUGUGUUUCUUUUCUCUAUUUUCAGUUUCUCAGGAGAAAAAGGGGGAAAAAAAGGCUGAUUAACAAUAUCUGUUUAAUGUCUCUUUGUUUCUUAUUUUGAAUUCAACUACGUAAAUAGUAAAAUAAUAGUAAGUGUCAUAAAUUAAAAGAAUGUUUAGUAAAGUAAUGAUAUUAAUGCUGUUAAGAUGAGUAUAUUUUAUUAAAUAUUAAAAGAUGCAAUUUUUAUUACUUGUACAAGUUUGGGAUAUUACUUUCUAAGACAAUAAAAAUAGAAAUAAAAAAUUAACUAACUUAUAGAGUAGGUGUUCAUGAUUAAAAAGUAUGCAUCUCAGGUUUCAGACUCUUGAGAACAGCAAACUAGUGAACUCUUCUGAGCUGAGCAAAUGGAAUUGGGUUUCAGUAUAGGAAAAUUUUCUUUUUGAAUUUGAAUUCAUAACAUAUUAUAUAUUAGUAACAAAUUGUUAUUAAUACUUUUUGUUUAAAACUUCUUAUAAAUUCUUUAGCAUUCAUAUAAGUAGUAUCUAUAGUAUUAUCUCAGUGUGCUGGUUUCCAGCCAAAGGUACACCACCCCAAGAAUUGCCCAAAAAAAGAAAAAAAAAGUGGUUUGAAAGACUAGUCAUCUGUUAUUGACUUUCAAGUAUGAACACAGAACACAAUGGAGGGGAGUGCAAUCGUUGGUCAGACAUUUCCCAAGCUUGUGGAGCCCAGAAAAAAGUCAUAAACUGCUGUUUUUUUUCCCUACUGAGUUAUUGAUGGGUCUGCUACAUAUUUUUUUAAUUGUACAUUAUAGUGUAUUUUUUAGUUGUUUAUCUCCAGGCUAGUUAAAUUGUAAUCAUAGUUCUAAAACAGAUGAAAUAAAAUUAAAAUCAAUAUGUUAAAUUAAGGAGUAAGAUUUUUCAGUUAGUUCUUUCAAGAUAAAAUAUUUCAAUUUUUUGUUUUGCAAAAUUCAUCAAUUUCAAAAAUUUAAAUAAAAUUAAAUAAGUCUGAGUAUUCUAAACUGUGUUUUAUAAACACAAUUUCUGUCCUAAAUUUCAUUUAUUUGAGUAAAAAUGUAAAUUUUUAUUUGUUUACUUUUGUAUACUUACUUAUACUUUUUAUUGGUGCUGAUGUCUUAUAACUGUUCCCUGAGAAAAUACGUUAUCUGACUUUUUGAAGUUUUUUCAUUCCAUCGUUUUUUUUAGUUGCCUGUUGACGAACUGUUGCCUAUAAAAUAUAGUUACAAUAUCUUUUAGUGUGGGGAUAAUAAUAUUGCAAUUGACUUUUUAAAGCAAACCUUCAUAAAUUGCUAUUUUUGUACCUGCUUUUUACUGCAUACUUACAGUUGUAAAAGUACUUGAAAAUUUGUGUCUUGAAAGUUAUUUAUUCAAAUGUGAUUUUUGAUGUACAUGCAUGUUUUUUAAAAUCUGUAUAUGACUUUUUUGAAACAACCUUUUGCUCUGUUCUGUUUGAUUUUGAUUUUAUAUGUUUCGAAUUAUUAAAAGAACUUUUUAUAA